AUGAAAAACCUGCAAAAAAUUAAAAAUAACUAUUUGAAAAUUUGCAUUUUUGGCCCGGCUGCUGUGGGGAAAUCCUGUAUAGCUGAAGUGUUGACCAAGUACUACAAGCUCCAUCACAUUAAACUGAAGAACAUCAUUUCUGAAGCCAUGGGAAAACUGGAGGCCACUGUGACACCUAAGUAUGCCCCAGACGAUGAAGGUGAAGAUGAGGAGGAAGAGGACAGCGUGGAAGAGGCGCAGGAGUUCUUGGAUGGCGUCAAAGAAAGCAUGGAGCAGAACGCAGGCCAAGUGGAAGAUCAAUAUGUAAUUUGAUUUGUGAAAGAAAAGCUAAAAUCCAUGCCUUGCAGGAAUCAAGGUUACAUUUUGGAUGGAUUCCCAGAGACCUAUGACCAAGCCAAAGACCUGUUCAUCCAAGACGACGAGGAAGAGGAGGAAGAAAUGAAAGGCAAAAUGUCUCCCUUUGAUAAAUUAAUCAUACUUGAAUUUGUCUGUGCACUGGACGCCUCGGACGAGUUCCUGAAAUUCCGGGUGAUGAAUCUCCCCGAGAGCGUUGUGGCAGGCACCCACUACAGCCAGGACCAGUGCCUCCGGGCUUUGAGCAACUACCGGGACAUCAAUACCGAAGAUGAGACGGUCUUCAACUACUUUGAUGAACUGGAAAUCCACCCAGUACACACUGACGUAGGAAAACUUGAAGACACUCAGAACAGACUCGCUAUCAAACAGCUCAUCAAAGAGAUUGGGGAGCCUCGCAAUUAUGGUUUAACGGAAGAGGAGAAGGCGGAAGAGGAGCGGACGUUUGCCGAGGAAUGCAUGACCAGGGAGGCCAUAGAGGAAGCGAACCGGGAGCCCAGGGAAGCCACGGAGACAGCAGAGAAGAUUGCUCGCUGGGAGGAGUGGAAUAAACGACUAGAGGAAGUGAAAAGAGAAGAAACAGAAUUCCUAGAGGCACAGUCUGCUGCCCUGAGGAACUAUUUAAUGACCUAUGUGAUGCCAAUGCUCAUGCAGGGUCUGAACGAGUGUUGUAGGGUCAGGCCAGAGGAUCCUGUUGAUUUUCUGGCAGAGUAUCUCUUCAAGAACAAUCCUGCAACACAGUGA